AUGGGACAGGCAUGUUCACAACGUGAUUUAUUCGUUAGUCAGUUAAAAGAGUCUCUCAAGGUGCGCAAGAUAAGGGUUCGUAAAAAAGAUUUAAAUUCCUUUUUCACUUUCGUUUUUAAAAUCUGCCCAUGGUUUCCUCAGGAGGGUAGCAUUGACUCCCGCGUCUGGCACCGUGUGGGCGACUGUCUCAACGACUAUUAUAAAGUCUUUGGUCCCGAGACCAUCCCUGUAACUGCCUUUAACUAUUAUAACCUCAUAACAGACAUCCUUAAAAACCACAAUAACUCCCCUGACAUACAGCGCCUUUGUAAAGAAGGGCAAGAAAUUCUCCGCAGUCACUCCCCGGCCCCCUCAAAAGCCCCCUCAGUUCACGGCCUCCCCGACGCUCAUGCUGACUCACUUUUGCGACCCCCCUCACGAGCGCCUUCAAAUUGCCCUUCUGUCUCCAUCCAGAUAGAUACAGACCCUCAAGUCCCUUCUCUGUACCCUCCCCUUCAGGAGUUCUAUUCCUCUGCUCCACCCCCCAAUUCCCACGACCCCGGCGACCAGUUAGACCCCUCUGAACAGGCAGAAUUAGAGGACGAAGCCACUCGUUACAAGAAUCCUGACUGGCCACCACUAGUAGCGGCGGUUCUUCCGCCAUUCAAGCCGCCCCCUUAUAGUACUUCUCACGCACCUGCUGCCGCCAUUUUGCCUUCAGCGCAUGGCGCGUCCGCCAUUUCACCGGGGAUGGGCGGUGGAAGCGGAGUGAAUGCGGUGUCUGCAACGUCUCCCGCCGCGUUUACGCCGUUUCCAAGACCUCUCCUUCAGGAAACCCUCACUUUCAUCCGAGAUAUUAAAACCAUUGCCAACGAGCUCUCCGUUCUUACGAUCAGUCCCCCUCCCCACGAGACUUUAGCAUUCCCUGUUACUAGAUCCCAGACUCGCCCAGAUAGGACCGAGAACGUAGAUAGUUCAGCUGCGGCUGCAGCUACCCCCCUUCCUGAUAGCGACAACCCCGAGGACUCUGACAGCUCCCCUUCUGAUAUAGACGAAACAGAGCCCAGUACAAGAGAUACUGCGGCCCCCCAAACUUAUUCCCACACCUACAAGAAACUUAGCCUUAAAACAUUAGAAAAAGUCAAAUCUGCUGUAACACAUUACGGGCCCACAGCUCCCUUUUCCCUCGCCCUAAUUGAAAAUCUUAGUGAGCGCUGGCUCACGCCCAAUGAUUGGUUCUUUCUGGCGAAGGCAGCGCUAAGUGGAGGUGACUUUAUUCUUUGGAAAAGUGAAUAUGAAGACACCGCUAAACAGUUUGUUCAGCGCAAUAUGCGAAAAUCCUCCUCUAAAAAUUGGACCAUUCUUAAGGUUCUUGGCUCCGCCCCCUAUCAUAGCAAUGAAAAGCAAGCUCAAUUUCCCCCCGGACUUCUAACCCAGAUCCAGUCCGCGGGUCUUAAAGCAUGGAGGUGCCUUCCACAAAAGGGCACCGCAACCACCUCUCUUGCAAAAAUAAGACAAGGCCCAGACGAGCCAUAUAGUGAUUUCAUAAGUCGUUUACAAGAAUUAGCUGAGAGGCUCUUUGGCGCGGGCGAAAGUGAAAACGCUUUUGUCACACACCUAGCUUAUGAAAACGCCAACCCCGCUUGCCAAAAUGCCAUCCGUCCCUAUCGGCAAGGAGAGCUCUCUGACUAUGUCCGCCUCUGCUCCGGCAUCGGCUCUGCCCAUGCUUUCGGACUUGCCAUUGGUGCCGCCUUACAAAAUUUUAUGCCCCCACAGCCGGCACGCCCCCCUAAUCGCCUUUGUUACAACUGUAACCAACCUGGACAUUUUUUCCCGAGCCUGCCCCCCAGAAGAGCCAAAAUCAGACUCAAAUUCAGAUCCAAAACCCAACAGGGCCUAGUACUAAUAGUCCAGGAGCCCCUGCCACGAAAUGCCCUCGCUGUAAGAAGGGUUUUCACUGGUCCUCAGAAUGCAGAUCUAAGACAGACAUUUAUGGACAGCCCAUUCCCCCGCCGCAGGGAAACUCCAACAGGGCCCGGCCCCAGGGCCCCAUACCGGGUGUGA